UAUAUUGCAGGCAUAUUUGUGGUCAGCUAUUACGGGAUAGGUCCUUCUCCACGUUGUUUAAACAGGAAGACAGAUUAAUGUGUGUCCUUGCUCUGUUCAUGUUGUUGUUAUGUUCGUUUUUAUUCCUACCAAAGACAAUGGAGCCACAGUAAAACAUUUUUGGAUGUAGCACUCAGUUGGAACCAGCAUCUGGAGCUUCGCCAUGUCUGUUAACAGCUGUUUGACUGUGUUUUCGCGCCUGCUGCGUCACUUUAAUCGCCGGUCUACUCGCAUCCCCGCCUGCGGAUUCUUCCAUGCCUCCCCUGGUUUGCUACAGAGACACAACGAAGCUGCUUCUUUAGACUGUAGAAGAAAUGUUUCCUCCAAUAGCUGCCCCCCGAAAUCACCGGACACUUCACUGUUUGUCCCCGUUUCUGUAAAAACCGACUUCGCUGCAGAUGGAAGUGUUGGAGUAGAGCUGUCACAGCCACUUAACAAAGCCGAGUUACUUAAAGUUUUGAACCGCUUUUACAAAAGAAAGGAGAUGCAGAAGCUGGCAGCAGAGCAUGGCCUGGAUGCUCGUCUCUUCCACCAGGCUUUCAUCAGUUUCAGAAAGUACGCUCUGGAGUCAACACAGCUUCCCUGUCAAAUGUACCAAUAAUUUCAAAGCAUUUGUGUUUUAAUUUCAAAGCUUUGUUUUUCAGGUCACAUUGACGACAUCUACCCAUACUUCCUGCGCCAUGCCAAGCAAAUCUUUCCCAUGCUGGACUGUAUGGAUGACCUGAGGAAGAUCUCCGACCUCAGAGUCCCAGUCAACUGGUACCCCGAAGCCCGUGCCAUCCAUAGAAAAGUGAUUUUUCAUUCAGGUCCCACUAACAGUGGGAAAACGUACCAUGCCAUUCAGCGCUACCUGUCAGCCAAGUCUGGAGUUUACUGUGGUCCUCUGAAACUACUGGCCCAUGAGAUCUUUGAGAAGAGCAACAGCGCCGAUGUGCCAUGUGACCUGGUGACUGGAGAGGAGAGGACGUUUGUGGACCCGAGCGGUCGGCCUGCUGCUCACUUGGCCUGCACCAUUGAGAUGUGCAGUGUCAACACACCUUAUGAAGUGGCUGUGAUCGACGAGAUUCAGAUGAUCAAAGACCCUUCCAGAGGCUGGGCCUGGACCAGAGCUCUGCUGGGUCUCUGUGCAGAGGAGAUCCACGUGUGUGGAGAACCUGCAGCUGUAAACUUUGUCAGAGAACUCAUGUUCACCACAGGAGAGGAAGUGGAGGUUCACACCUAUGAGCGUUUAACUCCCUUCUCAGUCUUGGACCGUCCUCUGGAGUCGUUAGACAACCUGAGACCGGGAGACUGCAUCGUCUGCUUCAGUAAAAAUGACAUCUACUCCAUUAGCAGACAGAUUGAGGCCCAGGGACGGGAGUGUGCUGUUAUCUAUGGAAGCUUACCUCCAGGUACCAAGUUGACCCAGGCUAAGAAGUUCAAUGACCCCGAUGACCCCUGCAAGAUCCUGGUUGCAACUGAUGCCAUUGGAAUGGGUCUGAACUUGAGCAUAAAACGAAUCAUCUUCAACAGUUUGGUGAAGCCCAGUAUUAAUGAGAAGGGGGAGAAACAGAUGGACACCAUCAGCACCUCACAGGCUCUGCAGAUCGCUGGCCGUGCAGGAAGGUUUUCCUCCAAUUUUAAGGAAGGAGAAGUGACAACCAUGCACCGAGAUGAUCUGCCGGUUCUGAAGGAGCUGCUCAGUCAGACUGUUGAUCCUAUAGAGAUCGCAGGCCUCCAUCCCACAGCAGAGCAGUUGGAGAUGUUUGCCUAUCAUCUCCCUGAUGCCACACUGUCCAACCUUGUUGACAUUUUUGUCAGUCUGUCUCAGGUGGACGGUCUCUAUUUCGUUUGCAACAUCGACGACUUCAAGUUCUUGGCCGACAUGAUUCAGCACAUUCCGCUCAACCUCAGGUCGCGCUACGUCUUCUGCACUGCCCCCAUCAACAAGAAGCAAGCCUUCGUCUGCACCUCUGUCCUGAAGUUUGCCCGUCAGUUCAGUCGAGACGAACCUCUAACGUUCGACUGGAUCUGUCGCCACGUCAGCUGGCCUCUGUCCCCACCCAAAAACAUCAAAGAUCUGGUUCACCUAGAAGCUGUCCAUGAUGUUCUGGAUCUUUACCUCUGGUUGAGCUACCGCUUCAUGGACAUGUUCCCAGAGGCUGCCCUGGUUCGACAUAUCCAGAAGCAGCUGGAUGACAUCAUCCAGGAGGGUGUGAGGAACAUCACUCGUCUCAUUAGGGUCAGCGAGACGGCCGCGACCGAGUCGGCACAGAAGCAGAACAACAGACCAACCGGUGGUCAGAGCAAAUCAGCCCAGCACCAGGAUGUGACCAUCCAGACUGGACCCAGGCCUCGGGUGAAGAGCAUCAUGGACAAAUCACUGGCUGGACGACUGGUGAGGGACGGGCUGCUGACCCCCGAUCUGCUUCAGCAGCUCCAGAAGGAAUGGUCUGAAAAGCAAAACUCCAAUUUCGCCACGCAGAGUUCGCCCAGUACAAUUCAUAAUGAAAACCACAGUGGUGGAACGAAGAGAAAGAAGAAGUGAAGAGGGAAUGUUUGCUCUUUAUGUGAACACUGACUCCAACAUCCAUUUUUUUUUGUGAAAGAGAAGAAGUGAUUUUAGGCAGUAAAAAAAACAAAUCUGGUAAAAACCCCUGACCACAAACAGUUUCUAAUUAAAGGUGUAAAACAGAAA